GUUUCCAUCUAUAGCUGACAACUAUGAAGUCAUGCACAUAAAUAUAAACCAAAGUUUUUUUCAUAUUAAACAAACAACACAACUUUGUCCUUACCAUUUCACUCUCUCUUGGCAUCACACUACACUCCACAUCUCACUGUACUACACUUUCAUACUUCCAUUACAGUACCUGCUAUAACAUUAACACCACCCUCUCUCUCUCUCUCUCUCUCUCUGAAAAACUCUGCAAAAUUUUUGUGGGGUUAAAAAAAAAAUCCUAUUUUUAUCAUCUAUACACUGACCAACUAAAAAAGAUCAAAACUUUAAGGGUACCCAGAAAUCAAAAGAGAAAAAAAUUGAAAUGGGUAAGUUUGAAAUGAACUCGGAGUCAUUUUAAUCAUGAAAUGAGUUUGAUUUUGUUUUGUGUGGUGAAUGGGGUGCAUGGUGUCUCAGUUAGCUUCAAAAUUUGCUUUUUUUCCACCUUCACCGCCGACAUAUCAGCUGAAGAAACGUGACGACGGUAAACUCACGGUGGUUUCUACGGCGUGUCCGAUUCCUCAUGGCGAUGAUAAUAACUCUUUGGAUGUUCUUCUUGUUGACACAAAACAUGGAAAUAAGAUAGUUGCUUUUUAUCUUAAGAACCCUUAUGCACGUCUUACUUUGCUUUACUCUCAUGGCAAUGCUGCUGAUUUGGGUCAACUUUAUGAUCUCUUUGUUCAACUUAAGGUCAAUCUUAGAGUUAAUCUCAUGGGAUAUGACUACUCUGGAUAUGGAGCCUCGACCGGUAAGCCUAGUGAAUCCAGCACUUAUGCUGACAUAGAGGCAAUAUAUGAAUGCCUCGAAACCGAAUAUGGAGUUAGCCAAGAAGACGUGAUCUUAUAUGGACAAUCAGUUGGAAGUGGACCGACAUUGCAUUUGGCUGCUAAAUUGCCGAGAUUGAGAGGCGUCGUUCUACACAGUGGAAUUCUUUCGGGUCUUCGAGUUCUCUGUCAUGUGAAGUUCUCUUUUUGCUUUGACAUUUAUAAGAACAUCAACAAAAUAAAGAAGGUCAAGUGUCCUGUACUUGUAAUACAUGGUACAGAAGACGAUGUGGUCAAUUGGCUACACGGUAAUCGACUAUGGAAAAUGGCGAGGGAGUCCUACGAACCCUUAUGGAUCAAAGGAGGCGGUCACUGCAACUUAGAGCUUUACCCCGAUUACAUACGCCACUUAUGCAAAUUCAUUCAAGAAAUGGAGAAGAUGACAACCGAAAAGCGGCUCAAAAAGAUCCGGCAAAGUCUGAAUUCACAAUCGAUGUCGAACGCUUGUUGUUCCUUACGCACAUGCUGCACAAUGAAGUGUUGUUGUAGAUGCAAGUUACCUAAAUGCUCAAGCUGCAGCUGCAUAAAUUUUUCCUUGUCUCUAAAUUGUCCUGAUUGCUGCCGGAAUCCUAUUAGCUGCAUAAAAUGCUGUCGCUUACCAAAGUUCGCAAAUUGUUUUGGAUCAUCGACAUGCUGCACAAAAUGCUCAAGGCCUAGUUGUUGUUGUUGUUGUCUUCCAAAAUGUUCAUUGCCUUGUUGCUAUCCUAAAUGUGGAAGACCAAGUUGUUGCAUGAAUUGUUUCUGUUGGCAAUGUUUUAUGGGAAAACACAAUGGAAGAAAUGGAAAACAAAGAGGGUAAUGUUUUGGUUAUAACAUGUCAUGCAAUGUAUAUUUGCUAACACACCCUUUUAAUAUUGUGAAGUGGUGAAAUUCAGUAUCCUCUAUCAUCUUUUUUUUUUUUUAAGUUCUAUUAGAAUUCUUUACUCAUAAUCAUAAACACUGGUGUAUUAAUUAAGUUUUAAAGUAGUUGAAUUAUUUGUAUCUUUCAUUAUGUAGCAUUUUAAAGAUUUUGUCA